UCACGUUACUCGCUCCUGCAGCGAUUUUACAGAGCCUAAGACCCUCGGCGGAAUUACCUUAUUCGCCGCCAUCGAGCCGACAAGGAGUACCUGGAUGGUUGCUGAAUGUGCCCCUCUGAAAUGGGGGAUAGAGAGAAAGAAAAGAAGGCUUGAGGGACGACGGAAAAAAAAAACAUACAACACCGGGGAUUCGCUGGUCGUCACCGACCCAACUACUAAUCCAGCGGUCAGUAGCUUAUCUAGGGGAGAGCGGACGGGAUCCCGAGUUCUCUACUGCCUGUGGUCGUAUGUAUU